UUGUCAGAUUUGGAUACACCCAGAGCCUCCAGCGCAACUCCGUGCUGCGUUUGGCAAGUUGACUGCGCUUUCGGUUGGUGGGAUCUUCCCUGCGCAGUGCGAUCUCUUGUGGAUGAUGUUCCUCCUUGAAGCCACGCCAUUUCUCCGGGAACUCAGCGUCGCGGUCCAGAAGCAUUUCUGCCAUGGAGAAUAUAACAAUGAGGCAAGGAACCGGAGACUGUUCUGGAAACAUUCAGAUUUCAGGCACAACCAUUUGGAGAAUCUGAAGAUUGCUGGCUUUGAGGCAGAAGACAAAUACUUGACGUUUGUAAGAGUGGUCAUGGAGCGAGCAACAAACCUUAAGACCAUCGUUUUGACUGACGAAGAGCCUUGUGGCCAUUGCUAUUUUCCAGAUAAGACGUCCUCACCGAUAGGAUCAUGGUAUCCGAAGAACGAGAAUGAAGAUCCCAUAACGAAGCAGCUCAAGGAUGGGUUCUCUUCGUCUGUUCAAAUAAUAUUCUUGAGAUGAUCCUAGAAAGAAAAGUACAACCGUUUUCUUACAACUCAAGUACAACUUAUAAUUGAAAGAUUGAAAUCACUUAGGAUGGUGGCUCAUAAAUGAAUCCAAUGGGUUAAAUACAUGGUUGUA